ACGAUCCAUUCAAAGAUGAUCCGUUUGGAAAGACAGAAGUUCCAGAUCCAUUUGGAGAAGAUCCGUUUAAAGGAUCCGAUCCGUUUGCAGCGGACUCUUUCUGCCAGGCCUCCAGCGCCCCCUUCUCCUCAGAAGACCCUUUCUCUGCCUCAGCGGACCCCUUCGGUACGACCACUGGAGUCCCAGAACCCGACCUGUUUGCAUCCAAACCCUCUGACUCGGCUCCAGCAGCUGAUCCAGAUCCUUUCAGCUCCAAACCUCCCAACACAGCUUCAACUGACCCGUUCAGAUCCACGGGGAACAAUAGGGGCGACUCCGACCCGUUUGGAGGCAAAGUGAACGCCAUCGUGGAGACGGAUCCGUUUGGUUCUCAGGACGGAGGGACGGAUCCGUUCAGCUACGCUCUCCCCUCCUCUGACCUCGCCCUG